GUGCGCGCUCUCGUUCUGUAUUCCUGGGCUAUAAGCUCCAUUUUGCUAGGAAACAACGUCAGCUGGGUCGUGCUAUACCGGGACAAUGGACCCCUCAUUUCCGUCAUCCGUCCAGAGCGGCAGUCCACCACUCUCUUCUGACGAGCCACAGACUACUUCGCCCCGUUCAAGUGGUCCUGCGAUUUCCGCUUCCGGCGUGGCCACGUUACUCGCGAGCGCCCCGGCGGCACCCCGCCUGUGUCACUUAGUUCGCUGGCCCGAGUACGACGGCUACGGAUUCAAACUGCUGUCCGCGGAGCAUGGCCACUUACCGCGCGUGACCGCCGUGGAAUUCGGGAGUCCAGCGGAAGCCGCUGGCCUACGAGUCAACGACACUGUCGUCGAGGUGAACGAUGCUAGCCUGGAAGGCCUCGCACACCAGGAAGCCGUGCGGCUGGUCAAGUCGAUACCCAACGAGGCUCACCUGUUGGUCGUGGACGACGAAACCGCGGCCUGGUACAAAAGACACGGCAUCGCCAUCCGCGCAGACCUGCCCAACGUCGUCCACACGAGCUCCAAGGUGUCGUCCACGAGGAAGCCGCGCAGGAAGCAGGACGGAACGGCGUCCAUCAGCAGUACGUCCUCGGGCAGCAUGACUCCGGCCGAGCUUGCCGGCGGUCUCCGGUUGUGCUACCUGCGCAAGUGGAAAAGCUAUGAAGGAUACGGGUUCAGUCUCCGAGAAGACAAAGAGCGCCAGGGCUACUUCAUCACAGGCGUAAUGCCCAACAGCCCGGCAGAGCUGGGCGGACUCCGCGACGAUGACAGGCUCGUCGAGGUGAACGCGGUGUCGGUAGAGAACAAGAGCUAUCCGGAAAUAAUGGGCCGCAUAGAAAAAGAGCCGGACCAAGUCGACUUGCUGGUCAUCGACCGUGAGACGGACGAGGCGUUCGCGAGCCGCAGCCAGAGACCCAGCGGCCAAGCGGACGGCGUGCUUCGGCGCUGGACACCCGGCCGACCACCACGGCUGACCUCCAGGAAAAGCAAGAAACCGGAGAACGGAGCCAGCCUGCAGCACGUCACCGCUUCAACAGCGAACGUCGCGGAAGGCGCCAAAGCGGUAGCCGGCGAAAUGCACCACGUCUCGACCGAGAACGGAGCCCUGGUCGAGCACAGACAGAAGCUUCCCACCGCCCUGCCCUGUCGCGUGAGCUCCGGGAGCCCCUCAUUCACCCAGAGAAAGGGCCCCGAUUACAGUGGCCACGCGUCCAUUAGCGUCGAGUCGUCUGAAGUCGUGUCGGCAGUGGAGCCUACAGAUGGGUUGCGUCUCUGCCACUUGUGCAAGUGGCCAAACUUCGACGGUUACGGAUUCGCAUUAAACGCCGACAGGAACCGAAAGGGGCAGUUCGUCGCGCACGUCGACUUUGGCAGUCCAGCCCAGCUCGGCGGCCUGCGGAUAAAGGACCGCAUAGUCGAGGUAAAUGGUGCAUCGGUAGACGGGGUCACCUACCGGGAGGUUAUCAACCGCAUAAAGAUGGAUCCCGGUAAGGUGGACCUUCUGGUCAUCGACAGGGAGACUGACGAGUUGUUCGCGCGUCAAGGCAAGACUCCAAGCAGCCAAGCACACUGCGUGGUUGAAGGGAGGACGCCACCUAGACAGCCGGAGUCAUAUGGCAGAGCUUCAGGCUUCAGGCAUCCGUUUAGUGAGGCCCUCAAGACGUGCGACGCACCCACUGCAGUCAGCGGCCUCACGCCAAGGAACGCGAGCCUCGCGGCCAACAAACCACUGAUUAACCAACAGUCCAAGCCCCUCUGGCCGGUUAACCCUCUGCCAGAACAUUCGGAACUUGUCGCCACUCGGUCAACGACGGUAGCUCCGGGAGUCCUUCGGAACGACGACAAAGCCACAUCACUCCGAAUUACGCAAGAUACCCACAUCACCCCUCAAUGGGAGGCCAAAACUCAGCCGGCCAAGUCGGAGCGUCGUGAGUCUGCGAAGCCUCCUCCCAAGCUCUACACCAUCGAAGAAUCUCCCAAGCGCUCCACGACCGCAGCUUCCGUCUUCAUGACGCCGCGGUUUCGCGUUUUGUCUGAACCGUACGACAACGGUUCGCCUUCGCGCUGUUCUGUGAGAAACGCCGCGGACUACUUCAUUGCCUUUGAAGAGUCCUCCGGCCCUACCUCAACGGAGUUCAGUCCCGUUCGGAGCGGUACUCUGUCGAAUCACGAUAGCCCGCACUACUCGCCGAUGCCCGCUACGCCAGCGACGUCCGGUGAAACCAGUUACGCGUUGACCCAGCCGUGCGGGCCUUACUGUCCGGCGCAGAGCUGGCUGUCCAUGUCCUACCAGGCCCCUUACGUUCCGCUGGAGUCCGUUCCCCAGCAGGAGCGAUGGACCACGUACGCGCCGGGCUAUUCCGACUACCUGACGAUGUACUCGGGCUACGCGAGUAAAGCGCCCCUCAACAGCGCAACGGAGACGACGCCCGGGCUGCGCCAGACGCCGGCUGAAUGCUGUGGCGCUGAGAAUCUUCACGCGCCACUGUACGAUCUGGCAAUCUCCCCGUCUGGCUCUAGAAACAUAGUCGUCCCUCCAGAGCCCAAGGACAGCGCUCGCAGUUCGGCGAACGCGUCCAAUGAAGACGAAGGGACCAACAAGUCGGAUAAUAGCGACCGUGCGAACCGAUACUAGUGUUAUGUCACCCUCGCGUAAAUUCGUUCUCUAUGUUCGUGGAUUUUCUUUGGCCUUUAUCGAUUUAUUACCGCCCUCUUUUUUUUCUUCCUGGCUUCACUUCUGCGUAUAUGUCUUCGCAGCAAUACUGUAUUACCCUAAUCGAAAGCCAACUGGUGGCCUACGGGGAAGCCCCGUGGACCGCACUGCGAACUGUAUUUCACGAAUGCCAACGAGCAUCAUAUUGCUUCCUCACUCAACUAGCGAUCAAGCCCCCAGCGACAUGGUUGCCUUAGAAGCAAAUCAACAAAGCCAUGGUGGCGCUGCUGUGUCCUCGACGGCAGCAACACAGCUGCUACAAGAUUCACGAGCCUGAUACGAGCCAUGUCACCGCCAAGACUGCUAUCGGCCUUUGUGUGGUGAUGUUGAACAGUGCUGCCUAUAAUGUUCAGAAAAUAGCAGAAAUGCAUUGACGCUUGGCGAUCUCAAGAAUUAAGGCCGAGAAGAACUUCGCAGCUGGAUCGUGUGACAUCACUGAACUUAAUUACCCUUAACUUCGAGCUUCAACUUUCGACUAAGGCAGGCUACGAUUUCUAUCGCCCGAGUUAAUUGACUUUUUUAUGCAUAGUUUAUUAAUUAUCGCGUAAAUACAAAGUGUCAGGUUCCCUGAAUGUCUUCACAAAGGGCGUCGUCUUACGAGUUUCUUAAUCAUAUCAUCUUGCAUCACUUGUGGCCCCAAAAAGGCCCCAGUGGGGCAUUGCAUGAGGAGAAGCAAAUAUUACAAAGAUUGUCAAUUGAUAAGAAUGCGAACAGUAGCAGAAAAUUUUAAAAAAGAAAAUGUCGUAGGGCAGAAAAAGCGGCACAAUCCACGCAUGUACAUUGCUGCAUAAUAUUUCUAAUAAGUUAUUACCUCGAAAUAAAAAAUAUAUAAACAGUUAUAAUUCUCUAGUUUCUGCUCAACGAGAAAACAAUAUUAUCUAGGAGUUUAUUCGCAUGAUCAUUGGCAGCAGGUAACCGAAUAAUUAUAUGCUAUUGUUUUGCCAAUUACUCGCUGGGCAUUUAGAAACUAAACAAUCUUGACGUACGUGCUGAAGGAAAAGGAUUCCUCCCUACGCAUGUACGGAUGAAAUUCUUGGUGGCUCUACAAGGGCUGUGUAAGUUACCGUAUGUAUCUGUACAUUAUCUGGCGCUCCAUACAGUCAUAUAACAAACAUAGCCUUUUUGACAUUCCAAUUACUGCGCAACGAAGCCUUUUGAGCGGAGCGAAGAAUUAUAAAGGACUCUGGGUAUCGGGCCUCCCAAAAGCUUGUCGAGCUCUUAAUGUAUGUCUCGAACCACUACUCGUAUCGAGCACGAGUGCCCAACACCUCUCGCGAACACACUUGGAUUCAACAGCCUGUGAUUACGGCAAGGCUGGCAAUGUCACUUUUGGUAAUAGCGAAAGCAAGUGUGAGCCAUUGAGAGCCUGAAAGGCCUUCGGGGGGACCCGACGCCCACAGCCCUUCUUAAUUCUUC